CACUGAGCUAUACUUAUAUUCAACAUUAUUGCCGUUUGCCGCCCGUCUCAAAAAUAAUCUGAUCUGAGUCAUCAUCAUUCCAUACUCUGGUGCAGCAGUGGUGCAUCUAUCCAAAGCAAUAAAAAAAACAGAAACAUUUCUUACGGCUGUCAGUUUCUUUCAAACUUAUCAGUCAAUCAGGGGCCGCUCAUGAGCGGUGUGUAAUUGCACUCAUUAUUAUAAUUCAUAGAGUUUGCCUAUGUUUACAAUCAGUUUCAGUAUUGUCUCAACGGUGGCUUGAAAUAGACUAUGGCAGCAAUCUCGGCCCUAACGCUAACAACGGUUCUCAUAGUGGUGACAUCUUUGCUACCGCAGAGCAGCUGUCGCUACAAUGGCAAAUAUCGGGCCUUGGGAAGCUCUCCGGUCGAGUAUGUUACAACGGCCAAUUUCAGCGUUGCCAACUUACCCACGGAUACACAUUUGGAGUUUCGCAGAUGCCAUUUUCCUUCCUUUGGACCGGAUAUGUUUAAGACGUUGAAAGCAUCAACAAGGAGGAUCACGUUCCGCAAAGGAACGGUACGUGAAAUGCUCAUAGGUUCAACUACCCGUUUGGAGAGGAUCCAGGUUAUCGAUACGGGUUUAGUAUCAUUGAGGGCAUCUGACGAGCCGAACAACUAUCUUAAACAGCUGACCGUUCGUUCAAGAAAGUUUUCAGAGUGGUCACCCAGCUUGACAUCCCUAAGGAUGCUGGAAGAGAUUGAUGUAGCCUAUUGUAACUUGUCUUAUUUGAAUGUGCAGUGGUUCGAGGACAACAAUCACCUAAAGAUGCUGGAUGUUUCGAAGAAUGGAUUGGUGGUGUUCGAUAUAGGAAUGUCUAGCAUACCGAAACUGGAGAGGUUGCAUCUUUGGGGGAAUCAUUUGAAGGAGCUACAAAGAUUCCCGGAAGCAUUUCCAAAGCUGAAAAAAGUAACUUUGGCACAAAACAGAUGGCUCUGCCGAUGGGUAGCAAAUAUUAGAGGAGCAAUUGUGUCGCAAGGUGUGGAACUGAUGGAUAUGGACGGGGUUUGUCGAGUUGGAUGGCAGAUCAAUGGCGGAUUGUGCUGCAGGAGUGGAGAGGAUAGGAAAGCUGCUACUUCCCAACGAAAAACCAAUGAAAAAAGUUUAAUACAUGGUGGACAUGAUUUCAUUGGAAUGAACGGGUCAGUGUUUGGCAUGAAAUGGAGAAACACAAUUGUUUAUGUGGGUGAACCUCUGCCGAUAUUGUAAAAAUCUGAAAAAUCAUAAAUAUAUUGUAAAUAUUUUUUUUUUGUAGAUUAGAAAGCUCUGUAUCUUGAUAGAUUUGUUAGAUAUAAUAAUUUUAUUUAAUAAUAUAAAUUUUUGAU